AUGAAGGACGAUUCACUCCAAGGCGAUGAUGCCAAGUUGGCGGCUUUGGGCCAUAAGCCUGAACUCCAACGUAGUCAUUCGACAUGGUCGAUGCUUGGUCUGGCCUUUGCGGUUCUUAAUUCGUGGACUGCGCUUUCGGCCAGUUUGUCGAUCAGUCUUACAUCUGGUGGAAGUACCAGUGUGAUUUGGGGACUGGUUACUGCAGGAUUCUGCAAUCUUUGUAUCGCAUGUUCGUUGGCUGAAUUUCUUUCGGCAUAUCCUACAGCCGGUGGACAAUAUCAUUGGGUAGCAGUCGCGUGGCCGAGCACAGUCCCAAUCCUAUCAUGGGUUACAGGCUGGAUCAAUGUGGCAGGCUGGGUUGCACUCGUCGCUACGAACUCCCUUCUCUCCAGUCAACUUAUUGUCGGCAUCAUCUCGGUUCUUCAUGAGAGCUAUGUCCCACAACGCUGGCAUCAAUUCCUCAUCUACGUUGGAUUGACCGUCGGUUCCUUCAUCAUCAAUGCCUUCAUGAACUCCAUCUUGCCGCUCAUUUACCGCGGUGCUUUCAUGUGGUCGAUUGGAGGGUUUGUGAUUGUGUCAAUUACAUGUCUCGCAUGCGCUUCUCCCAACUACAACACAGCUUACUUCGUGUUCUGUGACUUUGUCAAUACAACCGGCUGGCCUGAUGGAGUCGCAUGGCUUCUAGGUUUGCUUCAAGGAGGGCUUGGCGUUACUGCCUUUGAUGCUGUGGCACACAUGAUCGAAGAGGUGCCCAAUGCCGACAUCGAGGGACCGAAAAUCAUGGUUACCUGCGUGGGUAUCGGAGUCUUCACCGGUUGUAUCUUUUUGAUCGUCCUUCUAUUCGUCGCAGGAAACAUGCAAACGGUCGCAUCCUCCGCAGCCGGUCCUCUUCUGCAGAUCCUCAUCGAUGCGACCAAGAGCAACGCGGGUGGUAUCUGCCUUUUGAUGUUGCCCCUGGUCUGCUUGGUCUUUGCUAUAAUCAGCGUCAUGACCACCAGUAGCCGAAUGAUCUUUGCAUUUGCAAGAGAUGGAGGCCUUCCUGCCUCUCGGUUCUUUGCAAAGGUCCACCCAACACUCAAAUUGCCCCUCAACGCACUCAUUCUUAGUGUUGUUGUGGUCAUUGCAUUCGGAUGCAUCUUCCUCGGCUCUUCAAGUGCGUUCAACGCAAUUAUCUCUGCCUCGGUCGUGGCUCUUGACCUGUCCUACGGAAUCCCUAUUGCCAUCAACUGUCUUCAGGGGCGCAAAUCGCUCCCGGAAAGAAAAUGGAAAUUGCCUAAUGCAGUUGGAUGGUUUGUCGACAUUGUCGCUUUAUCAUAUAUCGCUUUGACUACCGUCCUUUUCGUCUUCCCUCCGUCAAGCACGGUCACGGGAAGCAGUAUGAACUACUGCAUUGCAGCAUUUGCUGUUAUUAUCAUCAUCUCCGUGUUCCAGUGGUUUGUGGAUGGAAGAAAGAACUUCACCGGUCCUCGCGCUGACAUCCUCGACGCAUUGGAUACUGUGCCUACGAUAGAGGAGGUCCAGCCCAUGCACGAAAAGGAACUUGCUGGUCGGGCUUAG